AAAAAGCUUUGUGGGAAAGUUUUGAUUCGUUCUGGUCUUAUAUUAAACCGACAUUUUCGGUGCUUUUGCUCUCGUACUGCACCACUUUGUUGUGGAUUUCAUUUUAUUUGUGAUCCAGAUCAAGAUGCAUAAUUCUGGGAAGUUAGCUGGUAAAACCGUAUUUAUCACCGGCGCAUCGCGUGGAAUUGGGAAAGCGAUUGCAUUAAGAGCCGCCAAGGAUAAAGCUAAUGUGGUCAUUGCUGCGAAGUCUGCCACACCAAAUCCUAAACUCGAAGGAACCAUCUUUUCUGCUGCGGAAGAGGUGGAAGCUGCUGGUGGAAGGUGUCUUCCUCUUCAAGUUGAUGUUCGCGAGGAAGCUCAAGUUCAAUCGGCGGUCGAAGAAGCGGUAAAGAAAUUUGGCGGAAUAGACAUACUCGUGAACAAUGCCAGCGCUAUUUCUCUCACGAGUACUCUGGAUACACCGAUGAAGCGAUUCGAUCUGAUGCAGCAGAUCAAUGCUCGUGGGACGUUUCUAACAUCCAAACUGUGCAUUCCGUAUUUGAAGAAGAGUAAAAAUCCUCACAUUCUGAACCUGAGUCCACCCUUGAGUCUGCGACCAGUCUGGUUUGGAAACCAUGUCGCAUACACAAUGGCCAAGUACGGAAUGUCCAUGUGUGUCAUAGGUAUGGCGGAAGAGUUUAAGGAUGAUGGCAUUGCGGUUAAUGGAUUGUGGCCUCGUACCGCCAUUUGGACUGCCGCGAUGAAUAUGCUGGGUGGAGACGAAGCCGCAAAGAGCUGCCGGAAGCCAGAAAUUUGUGCAGAUGCAUUUUACGCUGUCGUUACGAGAAACAGCCGAGAGUACACUGGUCACAUUGUGCUGGAUGAACAUAUACUGCGUGAGAGUGGUGUUUCCAAUUUCGAUGGAUAUGCUAUGGAAAAAGGAGAUCGUUUACUUCUGGACGGAUUUAUCGAUGAUGAUAUUGGAAAGGAUGUCUUACCGGCGCACAGCGGCAUUCGAAACAGAAGUGGCAGAAGCGCUGAAAAUUCUGGAAAUGUCGAAAAGAGUGCCACCGAAACGGAUUCGGUUGCUGUCGUGUUUUCGGAGGUCGAAAUGGUUUUGAAGGCGCAGCCUGAUGUUAAACUCGACGGUGUUUAUGUAUUUGACAUCGAUGGCGAGAAAUGGUUUUUGGAUGGUAAGAAGCGUACCGUGAGUCAAGAGAAUGUGCAGGCUGAUCCUUUGUGUACAAUGAUUAUGAAAAAGGACACCUUUAUGGCCGUAUUUACGGGCCGAAGUGACGCAACAAUGGCGGUGAUGUCGGGGAAGAUCAAGGUGAAAGGAAACCUAGCAGCAGCCAUGAAAUUGGACAAACUAUUUUCCAAAUUCCUUGAGCGCACAAAAUAACGCAACUGGCUUGAUCACAUUGAAAAACUUUGCAUUUAACUCCUGAUUAUUUUCCGUGGUUUAUGUAUUUAGAUUGCUCUCUUGCUUCGCACGAGCACAACAGCACAAUCAUAGAUUAAACUUUGAUAACUGGUACUAUCUUGGUGAUGUUCUAGACGACGUUUUUUGUUUGUCUUCCACGUUUAGUUUGUCAUUCAAACGUGUUUUCGGUAUUGUUGGCUUUUAUCGGUCGUUUCAUGGGGUUUAUAAAAAUUAACUAUGAUUUGCUAUGUGGU